UAAAUUGCUGUGGCAGUUUACUGAAUCAUGAAUUUUACUACAUGUACUUGAACUGGUAUCUGCGGUCUCAGUAACUUAGCACAAUGAGUGAAUUUGUAGGCCGUAUGAAGGAAUAUAGACAACUGUCAAUUGAUCGUUUUGAUGGCCAGAAUCUCAAAUCCACAGCCUUCUUUUUAUCACACUGUCAUAAAGAUCAUAUGACGGGCCUUGAUUCUCCAAGCUUCAUCGAACGACUGCGGUCGAGAACCGAUGUGUUUCUCUACUGCACUGAAAUCUCAAAGAUUCUCCUGUUAGCAGAAACUGUGUACAGACCUUUGGAGAAAUACAUAAAAGUGAUGACAUCUGAGGAAUGUGAGAGGAUAUCUGUACCAGACCCUGCGAGCUGUAGGAGUACUGAAAUUGUGGUAACACCAUUACCAGCUCUUCAUUGCCCAGGAUCAGUUAUGUUUUUGUUUGAAGGCGACGAGGGAACAGUUUUAUAUACAGGAGACUUCCGGUGGGAGACCAACCAUGCUAUCAGCAUCAAUGCAUUCAAAACAGGAGAAAGUUUGAAGGAAAUUGAAAGCAUGUACAUAGACACAACAUUCUGUGUGGAGAGUGCUUUUCAUUUCCCUAGCAGGAGGGAAUGCUGUGUUGUUUCGUGUAACAUUGUCAACGAUUGGUUGUCCAGAUCCAAUCAGCAUUACGUACACAUAACGUCAAGAACAACGUACGGUCAUGAACCGUUAAUGAAUGCCCUUCACCUUAGCACUGGUUACAAGGCAAGUGACAAUAUAAACUGCUUUUAUUUAGAAAAUCUUAUAUAUAGAGGCUAUUUCCUGGGUUUUUUUCGAAUACGAUUUUUAUGUCAACUCGUGAUGUGUGAAAACCAUAUAUUUAUGAAUUGCGAAGCAAUGAUCCAUGUGCCGGAAUGGAAGUUUGACGUGUACAGUCAGAUCAGUGAACUAUGUGAUGUGUUUACAACCAAUCCAACAACUAGAAUACAUGCUUGUAGUCCAGUGCGUGACAGGGCACCUGGCUCCAAGCUUCCCUGUGGUUUUAUUCCCAGCGAUGGCAGCGAGCUGAAGGUUCGAUCGAUCCGUCCGUCGACCAUGUUCUUCACAAUGGGCCACCACAACAUCAGCCCAGACAGCCUGCAUGUGGUUGGCCGCAGCCUGCACCGUGUCUGCUACUCCUUCCACUCAUCCUACAGCGAGAUCAGGGACAUUGUCAUGUACCUCAAACCGAAACGAGUCGUACCCAGUGUGAAGCCCCCUCCAGACAAAGACAUGAGUCAGGUUCAACAAAGACUGAACAAGUUCUUGAAGCUUCCCCAUCUGCUUCACUUCUCAUCUCCACAUAGAAAUCUGGGAAAACUUAAACAGAGGAGAACUUCCAAGUCUGUCAGCAAGAAAGAAUUAACAGACUCUGAAGAUCUGGUAUUUGACAGCCAGUCUCCUGUAAAAGCUUCCAAGGGUUUCAUCUUGAAAACACCCGAGAAAUCUGGAGGAGAAGAUGAUAAUGCUGUGGAUGUGACCACUCCAUCCAAGAUGGCCGACAGCCAAUUGAGCAGCUCGUACGAACCAAGCAUCGUCAGUGGAGAGGAGCUGAGUCUGGUGGAAUCAUCUGAAGAAGAAAACGAAGAGGCAGAUGGUGGAGACUCAGAAGAGUCUUUGCGUCUGUACGUCAGUGGUGACGAGGAAGUGGAUGAGGAUGAGCGGGUGUCCACACUUGACUUUACACAGAGUUCUCAAGAGGACAGUCAGAAGAGGACAGGGGCCAGUGCAUGUAGUGAUGAAGGAGGAAGAGAACCGUCACAAGAAACAGACAGACUUGAAAACAAAAUGAACGGAAUUCUGCCAGAGCAAAGUAGGUUGGCAAACCAGGGUGGUGGUGAUAUGAGUAUUUCUUGCAUCAAUACAGAAAGUAGUCGUGGUGGUGGUACUGAUGAAAAUGACUUGGAGUCUUUCUCAGUCAAAGACAAAAUUCAAGAUGAUGAUCAUGAUGAUGAUAAAAAUAGUGUUACAGUCAAAGGAAAAAAUAAUGAUGAAAAUAGUAUGUUAGAUUUCUCAAGUAAAGACCAAAAUUGUGAGGAUGAUGAUGAAAAGAGAUUAGCAGGUUUUGCGACCAAAAGAAACAAUUAUAAUGAUGAUGAUGAUGAUGAAAAUAGUGCAUUAGAUUUCACAAAUAAAGACAAAAAUUGCGGUGAUACUAUGGAAAAUAGUGGGGCACCUUUGUUAAUCAAAGACAGAAAUCAAGAAGAUGAAAAGAGUGUAGCAGGUUUUGCUACUAAAGAAAACAAUCAAGCUGAUGAUGAAAGUAAUGCAGUAGAUUUUUCAGGUAAAGACAGAAAUCCCUAUGACCAAUAUGGUUGUGAUAAUGAAAAUAGGGUCACAGCAGUUUCCGUAAUUGACAGUAAGAAUGAUGACAAUAAUCAAAAUAAAAAGGAAUCUCGUGGAAACAAAGAUGUGGAAUUAACUAGCGCUGAAUCAUUAGAAAAAAGUAAAGAUUCUGAAAAGGCCAAGGAUGUUAUUUCUUCCAGGAAAGAAGAUGCAACACAUGAGUCAAGUAUUUUUGAUAGAGUUGAAGAACAUUCUGGAAAACAGAGAUCAAUAGAAGAAUCUGGUGUCGCUGAUCAAGCAUGUGUUCUGCCCAGUGGUUCUAAUGUGUCUUUAGAUAGCACAACAAAAACAGCUCUGGAUGUUGUUUCCAAUAGCACUGUGAAAUCCGAUAUCAAAAAGAAAUCACUUUCUGAAAGGACUAAUAGUUUUGAUCUGUUUGAAGAAGAUACUGGAGAACAAAUGGAAGAAAGCCAGGGUUUUGAUCUUGGAUGUCUGCCGACAGACACUAAAUCAAAUGAUGACAUAAAAACCAACUUGAAGGCAGGGGACAGUGAGGGAUUUAGUCAAUGUUCAGAUGGUCCUGGGGAUGGGUUACAUAAACGGACCAAUACUACUAAGGAGGACCUCAAGGGUGAUUUUGCUGGAGAAGAUUGCAAGUCAUCUCUGGGUGUGGUGGGGCAGGUUGAAUCGGAAGCCAAUCAAACGGGUGAUUCAUCAGAUUAUUCAAAAAAUGGAGAGCACAAUACUGAAUCAAAAACUAAUUUAGACAUCAGUGUUAGCAGUAAUGACAGUUUAUGUGAUGAUCAGUUAAAAAAGAACCCAGAAAAUAUACAGACUAAGUCAGUUACUUACAAACCAAAUGUUAAUUUAAGUGGUGAUGUUAUGGACUUGAGCACUGAGGUAAGGAUAUCUGAGAAAACAGCACAUUCACCUUCCAAGGAAAAAGGACAGCUGUCAUCCAGAGAUCCAACACAAGAUGAAGGUGGCACAAUUGGAGAUGAUGCUUAUGGACAUAGUAAAAAAAGUAAAGAACAUGCUAGUAAUUCUGAUAGCACUACAGAUGAUCAGAAUUCUAGACUGACAUCGUGUCCAAUGGGCAAGUCAGCAUCUUGUGUGUCACAUCUAGAGCAAGAUUGUGAAGAAGACUAUAAUGAUGACAGCGACGUUGUAAUAAUUGAUCUUAGUGACUCUGAUUCACAAGAACCUCCACCUAAGAGAUGGAAAGAGAGUUCCAGGACUGAAUCGGACGGAUUCAUCCACAGUGCACGUGCAUCAACCAGUCGAAACCGGUCCGUGCUGGACCACCUGGAGAAAUUGAGGACCGUGUUGCACAACGGGCAGGAAUCAGACAGCGAUCUCACCCAGCCGCCCAGUCAGAACUCAUGCAGUGGCUUCUACAGCGACAGCGAUGUUCAGAUUAUAUCCGAUGAUGAUGAGGAAGAAGAUUACCAUGGGCAGAAUUUUGAUGUGCACGGUUCAGAGCACGAGAUGUCAACUGGCUGGCAUAAUGCUGGGCUUUGUGGGAACAGUCGUGUGAUGAGGUCAAACCAGAGGUUUGAUGAUGAUGAGGAUGAUGAGGAUGUCUGCAUUGAUCUCACUGGAGAUGAUGAUUAAGAUCAUCCUUCACUUCAUACUAUUCCCCUUGGUGGUGUAUAAUCCUGUUUUGCACGUACUUCUGGCUUUCAUAAAGUCUUUUAUCUCGUCUUUAAACUAUAACUUGGCAGGCAGAUUAAGACGCCUAACCCAGGAGAGUGUAUUUUAACUCUUGUAUGUGAUGAUAGCCAUUUAUUAUACCACCACCAUCCUAUUUCACAGUGAAUCUGGUCUAUAGAAGUCCUCAAAGACCGUUCAUCUGUAAAUAUAUACUGAUGGAAAGAAAUAUGGGAACAUGUGGUAUUGUAGACCAAAUGUAGUUCACUACUAGCAUAGUAAUGUCUGUAUAACAACACAAAGAUGUCAUAUGGGAUUGACUGUCUGUGAUGUGAAUUGAAUGUAAGGAACACAGGUAGGCUAUCUUCCUGAUACAUUUGUACUAUGGAUGAGGGUUCUGGUUGCUGUCAUUGUUUGCUGUAUUUGUUUAUGUGCUCCCUUAUUUCUUUCCAUCAGUAUAUAUCUGGAUAGUUGCAGAACUAACUUGAAAUUCAUUGUUACCAGAGUGAUAACGUAAUAAACUUGGGAUACUGUGUAUUGUAUACUUAAACGGCAGAUUGUUUUUACAGACUUUCAAGUCCACAAAGACAGGGUUUGACAAAUCCACUAACCCUCGGUCCUGGCUAGUGAAUGUUUGGUCUGGGCUAGUGGAAAUGGUCACCUGGAUUACUAUAAUACAUAGGGCACUAGCCAAAGCUUGUGUGAGGGCUAGUAACUGUCUCAAGAAUGUCUCAUUUUGAGAAAAAUAUUGGUCCGAAUUUAUGAAGCCUGUUUUUGUUAAAUGCAGGUGCUUAAGCAUUGUAAAUGUAUAUAGUUACACGCGUAUCAGUCUAAAACAGACUUUGGAAACUUGGCCCUAUAUCUUUAUGUAUAUACCACGUAGUUUAUAUCAAUGAUAUAAGCAGAUUUAAUCCAUUUUGGGGUAACCUUGCACAGUAUGUCAAACAAGCAAUUUGUGUGGUUAUAUUCUCCCAUUGUGGAUGUGAAAGAGUUGUAUAAAAACACUUUUCAAUUAGGUUAUGGUGUUCUACUUUUCAAACAUCACAGUAAAGUCCAGCAUUUAUUAAAUUUCUUAAAUUCAUGACGAGAUAUAUUUAUUAUUAUUAUUUAAUGUUAAAAUAGUGCAUCUGGAUAUAAUUAUGUUGCAUUAAUACUGCGCUAGUAUCAUAUUGUAAUUUGUAAUUUAAAUUGUCUUUAUUGAAAAUAUGUUGUGUCAUAUGCACGGUCAAAGAAGAAAAACAGGAUGUGGUAACUAACACAAUAUUUAUUUGAUAGAAAAAGGCCAUGAUCAAUGCCCUUUUUAGUUUAAAAGUGCCAUUUUUGCAAACAUUAGCAUGCUGUCAUUUUAAAAACUAAAGCUGUAUCCUAACCGGCCAUGAGUGAUUAUUUUAGAAAUCGUAGCUUUCAGUUGCCGCAUCCUAACUGCACGCAUGCAACGUGACAUAAUUAUCUGUCGCACUGUAUGCGUGCGGUUAGGAUACUAAUGUUUGCACCCCUCCACUCAUUCUAGGGUCCUGUAAAAUAGCAUACACAAAGGUGUGGUGUUUUUUUUAAUUCAUCAUUGGAUUGAUGUGACUAUAAGUAAAAUGUUACAUGAAUGCAUUUCAUAAUAAAUAAUGCAAUAAUCAUAUGUUUCACUUCCUUGGGAUUGAUCUCGUCUCGGGAUCGGUCACUGGCAAAGUCAGAGGUCGAGCCCGAACAGUGGCGUAGCGUGGGCGGGGCCACCGGGGUGGUUGCCCCAGGCGCAAAAUUCUGGACUGGUGGAAGGGACUCUGGGAGUGCUAACGGUCCACUGGUUAGGAGGCGCAAUACUUGCCUUGCCCCAUGGCGCUGACAACCCAUGCUACGCCACUGAGCCCGAGAUGGGUGUGCCUGAACCUUAAGUGGAUAGAGGCACGUUAAAGAGUACCAAUACCCAUACCCUUGGGAUUGAGAGCACAUAAUGUUAACUGACAUACGUGCACGUAGGUUAAAAUACACCCUUAGAUGCAGAUUAGUUAAAUAUUUCAUGAUGUGUGGAAAAAAUUGAAAUUUCACCUCACUCAUUGACUAAAAAAUAGUCUUUGUCUGUGUAUGAUAGUGUACAUGUAUAUGUAUCAGUUUAAAAAACAAAACAAAGCCAGGAUCGUGCUACUACAUGUAUCCAUAGUUUAUAAUUUAUUAACAAUUCUUCUACUAUGGGGAGUAGAUCAUUGUAAUAACAUAAUUGUUUUAAAAUGUUAUGUAUAAUCAUGUGAAAAACUCAGAAACUAUUUAUGAAUGUGUUGUGCUGUGUUUACAGGGUACGUAGUGGUCUUUAAACUCAGAAACUAUUUAUGAAUGUGUUGUGCUGUAUUUACAGGGUACGUAGUGGUCUUUAAAUUCCUUGAAAGUCUUUGAAUUUGAAAACAAUAAUUUUUAGGUCUUUUAAAGUCUUUGAAUUGUAAUAAAAGUUUUUAAAAGUCGUUAAAUUCUCACAAAUCAUAGCCAAAGCAAUGAUGAUAUCUUUUACAGCUGCAUGCAUUUGAUAUUUUCCACUUACUGGUACAAGGUUUAAUUUGUCAUGUUGCAUGUGAAAAAGCUAAUUUUUUUGCCGCAAUGUAAACAAACUGAUUUUGUCUUUUUUCUAUUGUCUCUGACCGCUGUGUAAAAGUCUUUGAAAGUCUUUGAAAUUGGCAUGUAAAAGUCUUUGAAAGUCUGAAUUUGUUUGGUCUUUAAGACCAUGACUCCUGAUUUAUUCAAUCCAUUGCCAUUCAUAUGAAUGUCCGUAAUAAUAAACAUGAAAAAUUAUAAUAUGGAAUCCAGUAAUAAAUUUAUAAUUGAGAUUUCAGUUUUCACUCUUGUCAACAUGGCAGUUUUGUUUGUUAUUUUAACAUGUUUGUAUUGUUUGUAAUAUGACAUUGUAUAUAUAUGUGGUCCCAGUUUCAAAAUAAUUUUACAUUAUUAUGUACACAUUUAAUAUAUUGUCUUACAUUGUGAUUGAUUGAUUUAUUUGAUUCACAUAUUACAUAGAUUUAAUUUAUAUAUUUAUUUCUUGAUUUGUGACAACUAUGCAGUUCAAAAAUAUAUGUCAGAACAUUUUGUUAAAGUAAAAUAAAAUAAAUUUGUCUCUUUUUUUUGUGUGUGCCUGUGAUUAAAUAAAUGCUUUGAAUCAUUGGCUGCAGCAUUAUUACCUGGUAAUACUGCCAUUCCACUGCGCAAUGGAAAAAGCUGGAUGUCUCUGUUUGUGUGUAUGUUGUCCAAUAAAUACUGAUCUGCUUCAUGAAUUUCAUUAGAAAUUUUCUACAUUUCAAAUAGUUUCCAAGUUUUAUAUAUUUGUAAAUUACAAAAUGUUUUGGUGGGGUUUUUUUUGACACACACUGUCACAGGUAUGUAAAAUUAUAAACCUAUUAAUUUAAUGACUGACAAUAUUAAAUGUUAUUAGAAUUUAUCCUGCAACCACUGUUUCUAUUUACAGAUGAUGAUGAUGUAUAAAGCAAAGUCAUAUGUGACGUCAGACGCAUAUCCUACAAAUUACAAAAUCGCUCAUUUGACCUCUAGGUCAUCGAACAAUGUGGCUAAAAUAACAGAAAUAAUAGCUUUUCCCCUUAAUUUUAAUUUGUAUGGUCUGCAGGAUAAAGAUAAUAACUAGUU